AUACUCUGGCUGGCAUUGCGAGAGCUUUCUCUCACUCUGCAGCCAGGGGAGAAGGAAGCCAUGAAAGGCAAGGCGUAAGGAGCCAUUUGGGAGCAGGGGAUGUUGCGGGAAAGGCCUGGCGUCUUGUCUCCGGCCCCAGCAUGUGUCUGCUUUGGUGCAAAGGGCUUGCGCAGGCCGGCACGCUCCGUCUGCACACACCUGCAGCAUAACAAAGACGGCAUCGGUCGCUGUUCUUCGGAAAAGCAAGUGAGGUCGCUCGGCCUGGUCUUGCCAUUUAAGCGGCCCGUAUGCAAAGACCCCGGCUGGGCCUCCAUCAACCGCGGCGUGCUGGUCUGCGACGAGUGCUGCAGCGUCCACCGCAGCCUGGGCCGCCACAUCUCCAUCGUCAAGCACCUGCGGCACAGCCCCUGGUCCGCCACCCUGCUGCAGAUGGUCCACACCCUCGCGAGUAACGGCGCCAACUCCAUAUGGGAGCACUCGCUGCUCGAUCCGGCGCAGGUCCAGAGCGGCAGGCGCAAGGCGAACCCCCAGGACAAAGUCCACCCCACCAAGUCGGAGUUCAUCCGUGCCAAGUACCAGAUGCUGGCCUUCGUGCACAAACUGCCCUGCCGGGACGACGACGGCGUGACGGCCAAGGACCUCAGCAAGCAACUGCAUUCGAGCGUCCGGACGGGGAACCUGGAAACCUGCCUGCGCCUCCUCUCCCUGGGGGCGCAGGCCAACUUCUUCCACCCGGAGAAGGGCACCACGCCCCUGCACGUCGCCGCCAAGGCGGGACAGAUCCUGCAGGCCGAGCUGCUGGUGGUGCACGGCGCGGAUCCCGGGGCCCCCGACGUGAACGGACGGACCCCCAUCGACUACGCCAGGCAAGCGUCGCAGCAUGAACUGGCCGAGCGCCUGGUCGAGUGCCAGUACGAGCUGACGGACCGGCUGGCUUUCUACCUUUGCGGGAGGAAACCUGACCACAAAAACGGGCACUACAUCAUCCCGCAGAUGGCGGACAGAGUCCACCCAAAGUGCAUGUUGCAGAGGUACCGCCUGGACCUCUCCGAGCUGGCGAAAGCUGCCAAGAAGAAAUUGCAGGCGCUCAGCAACCACCUCUUUGAGGAGCUGGCCAUGGAUGUUUACGACGAGGUGGACCGCCGUGAAAACGACGCAGUCUGGCUCACCACGCAGAACCACAGCACCCUGGUGACGGAGCGCAGCGCGGUCCCCUUCCUGCCCGUGAACCCCGAGUACUCGGCCACCCGCAACCAGGGGCGGCAGAAGCUGGCACGAUUCAACGCCCGGGAAUUCGCCACUCUCAUCAUCGAUAUCCUCAGUGAGGCAAAGCGCCGGCAGCAGGGCAAAGGGCUCACCAGCCCCACAGAGGCCCUCGACGCCUCGCUGCACGGCCCGAGCGACCUGGACGACCAGCACGACUACGACAGCGUCGCCUCGGACGAGGACACCGACCAGGAGCCGCUGCGCAGCGCCGGCGCGGGGCGCAACAACCGGGCUCGGAGCAUGGACUCCUCGGACCUCUCGGACGGGCCCAUCACGCUGCAGGAGUACCUGGAGGUCAAGAAGGCGCUGGCCGCCUCCGAAUCCAAAGUGCAGCAGCUGAUGAAGAUCAACAACAGCCUGAGCGAGGAGCUGAGGCGGCUGCAGAGAGAGAUCCACAAGCUUCAGUCGGAGAACCUGCAGAUCCGCCAGCAGGCCGGGCCCGCCCACCCGGUGGCUGUGCCCCCGAGCGAGCGCCCCGAGCACGGCCACGUUGCCACCGCGGUGGGGGGGCCCCAUCGGCGCGACCGCCACGCCUUCUCCAUGUACGAGCCGGGCGCCAGCGGGCUCAAGCCCUUCGGCCAGCCGCCAGGGGACGACCUGGCCAGCCGCCUGCAGCCGUUCCACCCCGGGGAGGCGGACGACGAGACCCUCUACUCCAUGCACAAUCAAGCCAGCAUCUACCGGAUCCGGAAGGGCGGCUCCAUCUCGUCGAUGCCUUUCCCGCCGUCUUCUCCACUCGUCUCGUGCCCACCCGAGAGCGGACGCCACAUGACCGGAAAACUGGACCGGCACGGCAGCGGCACAGACAGCGACUACGACAACACGCAGGGAGGGGACCUGCCGCUCGGCAUGGACGGGAAGCGGUUCCUGGACCUCAGCAAGGACGAAGACCUGCACCCGGAGCCUGAACCACUGGAAGGGGACGCGGACCCCGGGCUGCCCAGCACGGAGGACGUCAUCCUCAAGACGGAGCAGGUCACCAAGAACAUCCAGGAGCUCCUCCGGGCCGCCCAGGAGUUCAAGCACGACAGCAGCUUUGUCCCGUGUUCGGAGAAGAUCCACGCCGCCGUCACGGAAAUGGCGUCGCUCUUCCCCAAGAAGCCGGCCUCCGAGACGGUGCGCAGCUCGCUGCGGCUGCUCAACGCCAGCGCCUGCCGCCUGCAGAGCGAGUGCCGCAAGACAGUGGCCCCCGAGCCGGGCCCCCCCGUGGACUUCCAGCUCCUGACGCAGCAGGUGAUCCAGUGCGCCUACGACAUCGCCAAGGCCGCCAAGCAGCUGGUCACCAUCACCACCCGCGAGAAGAAGCAGUGAGGCCCCCCUGCCCCCCCCCCACCGCCGG